AUGGGAUCAAAUGUCAUUUUUGUCAUUUUGGUAGACGACAUUUGGCCUAAACCCGAUUGGUCAGUGAACAGUAGUUUUGUGGAUAUUUUCGGGAUUUUAAGAAUGCCUUUUCACCAAAUGACAACAAGACGUUCAUCUCUUCUCCAUUCUUUUAUAAUUAAUUUAUUUAAAACAUCAAAGUCAAUACAUACUUGCUCUAUAAGAUUUGCAUCAACCUCAAAAUUUUCAAUUGAUGUUUACUCUUUGAAUAAGUGUCAGAUGGAAUUUAACAGUGGCGCUGGAGGAGUUGAAGCAGCCCUUUUUACAAACGAAUUGCUUGAGAUGUACAGGCUUUUUUCUGAAAGGAAUGGAUGGAAAUGGAUUCCUUUUGAGAUUGACCGAAUAAAGUCAUCUACUACGGGUGUUCGCUCAGCCAUAGUUUCUAUUGAAGGAGAAGGUUGUUAUGCUAAAUUGAGAUUUGAGGGAGGAGUUCACAGAGUGCAGAGGACGCCAAUAACGGACAAAACAAGAAUUCAUACAAGUACUUCAAGCAUUGCAAUUUUGCCUGAACCUGAAACGCCAGAAUUAGUAAUUCAACCCGGUGAUUUACGCAAAGAAACUAUGCGAUCUUCUGGUGCUGGGGGUGCAAAUGUAAAUGCAAAUUCUACAGCUGUUAGAUUAACACACAUUCCAACGGGUAUCAGUGUAAAAGCUCAGGAUGAACGGUAUUUACAAGUUAAUGAAAAGAUAGCCCAUAAAAGAUUAUCAGCAAUUCUGUUAAAACGCCAAAUUGAUCAAAUUAAUAGUAAAUAUUCUGGAACUAGAAAAUUACAAGUUGGGUCUUCAGAACGCUCAGAAAAAAUUCGGACAUUUAAUUAUAAAGAUAAUAGAGUUGUUGACCAUAGGCUAAAGCAUUCAAUAAGCGGUGUUCACGAAUUUUUAGAAGGUGGAGAAAAACUGGAAGAAAUGGUUGAAAUGUUAAUGGAAAUGGCUUUGGAAGAGGAACUUGAGGAAGAGGAAAAUGAACAAAAAAUGAAUAAAAGGUCUAUUUAG